AUGUCGGAUCAAAUCAAGAGAAACCCGCAUCCCGACUUCAAAAAGGUUGAGGCCUCGCGCCCGGCCUGGGACGACGCCUCGCGGUUCCGCUUUACCCGCACCGUCGACCCGGACUGGGCCUUUGGCCACGGCUCCGAUGGCAGCAGCAGCAGCAGCAAGCACAUCGCCAUCGACCCCUACGCCCCCGGCCGCCCAGACGUCUUCAACUACAAGCUGCUCAUCUCCGGCAUAGUCCCCCGGCCCAUUGCCUUCCUCAGCACGCGCAGCGCCGACGGCUCGUCGACCAACCUGGCUCCAUUCAGCUAUUUCAACGUCAUGUCCCACGACCCGCCCCUCUUCGUCGUCGGCUUCGCCAGCGGCAUCGACGCCGCUGUAGCCAAGGGAGCCAAGGACACGCUGCGUAACCUGGUCGAGACGCGCGAGGCCGUCGUCAACAUCAUCAGCGAGUCCUUUCUCGAGGCCGCAAACGCCACCAGCAUCGAUGCUCCCUAUGGCGUCAGCGAGUGGGAUGUUGCUGGCUUGACUCCCGUGCGCGACUGCGAGACGGUGCGGUGCGCGCGAGUCGCCGAGGCUGUCUUUAGCGUCGAGGUUAAGGUCGACGAGCUCAAGGAGCAUGGGAGCAAGCGGGACCCGAGCAACAAGACGAGCACCAUUGCCAUUCUCGAGGGUACCAGGUUUUGGGUCCGCGAGGAUGCGCUCAACGAGGAAAAGAACCUGAUCGAUCCCGCCAUCCUCAGACCCAUCAGCCGCCUUGGUGGCAUCAGCUACGCAAGGACAACCGAGGCCCUGGAACUCCCUAGGCCCAAGUUCGAGGACCACCUCGGCGGCCACGAGGGGUUCGAAAAGCUCAAAAACUCAAAACGUUCAUAA